AUGUCUGCGCCCCUCGCCGAUGCCGGUAGCGCUGCCAUGUGGCCUCCUGGAACCGUACAACUCGAGGAGUCUAACCGGACAAUUCACGAGAUCAUCUUGCAGCCACGACCGACCGAGGAUCCUAAUGACCCCUUGAACUGGUCUAAAGUGCGCAAAUAUAUCAACUUCGCAUUUGUAUGCUUCUAUGUCCUUAUGGUCAACGAGUUUCUGAACGCUGCGACUCCCACUUGGGGGCCAAUGAACAAGGAGCUAGGGUUCAGCUACGAAAUAUUGAAUGACAGCUACGCCGUUGGCUGUGCUUUUCUGGCAAUUGGCGCCCUCGUUCUCGUCCCAUUUGCUCUCAAGUUUGGUCGCCGGCCGUUAUAUUUGUUUUCCACGAUGCUUCAAUUUGGGCUUAGCAUUUGGGCGGCGAAGAUGACCACUGUUGCAGAUCUCAUGCUGAUCAACAUCCUGCAAUGUGCAUUCGGAGCUCUCGCCGAAGUUAUUGUUCAGAUGACAGUUGCCGAUGUCUUUUUUGUACAUCAACGCGGAACGAUGAACAGUAUUUAUAUUUGGGUCUUUAAUAUGUCCUCCUCACUUGGACCUCUCAUCGCUGGCUUCAUUGCCAAAGCACAAGGCUGGAGAUGGGUUUGGUGGUGGAAUGCUAUUAUUUUUGGUGUCACUAUCUCUCUCGUCGCCUUUGGCUACGAAGAGACCAAAUUUAACCCGUCUUCCGUUCCAACCUUUCUCCCGGGCCAAUCACCAGAGACCGACGCAAAUCAACUCUCGAAUUCUAUUUCUUCGAAAUCAGCGGAUGUUGCUACAGCAAAGCCAAAAGACAUUGAGGAGGGUCCAAAAGAAGUUGAGGAAGGUUCACGGCAACUUGGCCCUGUCACAAUCAACCUCAACAUUCCUAGAAAGACCUACCUCCAAAAGCUGGCAAUCACAACCCCUUCAGGCUCCGAUGGCAACAACUCUUUACUUCGCCACAUGUAUCAGCCUCUGAUUCUGCUUGGAACUAUUCCUGCUGUCGCCUGGACAGCACUUGUCUAUGGUAUUCUGGUAGCACUCGCAGACGUCAUGUCGACCAUAUUAUCGAGUUUCAUGACCAAACCACCUUACAACUUUGACUCAAGUCAGAUUGGGAUGAUGAAUAUACCUAAGAUCAUUGGGUCGACACUCGGCUCUCUUAUUGCAGGUCCAUUCAGUGAUUGGUUGGUUGUAUAUCUUGCCCGCCGUAAUAAUGGCGUUUAUGAACCAGAGAUGCGCCUCUGGGCCAUAGUUCCAUUUAUUUUCUUGGUCCCUAUAGGGUCGCUCAUGUUUGGGAUCGGUCUAAACAAUAAGGUGCCGUGGCCCGCCAUUACUGUCGGACUUGGAUUGUAUAGGGCUGGCAUCGCGCCGAUUAGUGGCAUUACAAUAACUUAUCUCACCGAUUCAUACAAGGAUGUUAUUGGCGACGGAUUAGUCGGUGUUACCAUUGUGCGCAACGUGUUCAGCACUGCCUUCAUUUUCGCGCUCUCCCCGUGGGUCGCGGCAGUCGGCAUUAAAUAUGUCUUGGUCACCAUCGUUUUGAUUGCAACUGUUAUCCUUUCAUUCCUUGCAGUUUUUAUUAUAUUUGGCAAGAUCUUCCGGGCCCGCAGUGCUGCAAGAUAUAAAUAUUACGCGGCUAGACAGUACAAAGAAAGAGCACUAUAA